UUUCUGCAGAAGUGGCCCCAAAUUCAAUGCAAUGUGUAAAACCUAGAAAACCCCACCUCGAUUUUGAAAAGAUUUCCACAGUUCCCAAUAUAACAAACCUCGCUUAACCAUAACCAUAUUGAUUCUUUAUCAGCUGAUUCGCGGAAACACAUACAUACUGUUUUUGCAUAAAUCAUUUGUAUCUUUUAUUCUGGGUGGAGUCCGUGAACGCGUCAGUGUCAAAGUUGAUGCUUUUACUUGAAGAUUUGGGCAACACUUAAUUGCUCGAGUGACUUUGAUGUGGUGUAGUUGCGGAUUUUGAUUUGAUUGUUGCGUUUGACUUGUUAUCGACUCGAGUUACUGGAGAUAUUGAACGUUGAGGAAUUUGGGAGAUAUUGAACGUUGAGGAAUUUGGGAGAUAUUGAACGUUGAGGAAUUUGGGAGCUAUUGAGGAUUCAAUUUGAAGGGGUCCAUAUAGAGAGGGGGUGGGAUCUUCCUUUCUGGAAUUUGUUUUAGCUUUACUUUCUUUUCCUAAUGUUUUAGCCUUGAUUCGGAUGCUUAAGGAGCUGCAGAUUGUACUAUUAUUAAUAUGAUUAGAAAAGAUAGCCCAGUUGAUGUUGUGGGAAAGUUGAAGACUAAAGGAGGCUGUUGAGUUGGUUCUCUAGUUGAUCUCUUUGAUACUUUUGGGCUCUGUUAUUGGGAGAUAAAGUUACCAUGAUGGAUGAGGCUCCAUGUAGCUCUAACUUGGUGGCGCCUUUCCUUGCUAAGACGUAUGAGAUGGUGGAUGAUCCAUCUACAGACUCGAUUGUAUCUUGGAGUCAGAGUAACACAAGUUUCAUUGUGUGGAACCCUCCAGAGUUUUCCAGGGUGCUUCUGCCCAGAUACUUCAAGCACAACAAUUUCUCCAGCUUUAUUAGGCAGCUAAAUACAUAUGGAUUCAGAAAAGUCGAUCCUGAACAAUGGGAAUUUGCGAAUGAAGGUUUUGUUAGAGGUCAACUCCACCUUUUGAAGAAUAUCCAUAGACGGAAGCCUGUUCACAGUCACUCAACACUGAACCUGGCUCCCUUACCUCCUCUGAGUGAGUUAGAAAGGAAACGAUAUAAGGAGGAUAUUGAGAGGCUCAAGAGUGAAAAAGAAUCACUCAACGUGGAAUUACGUAGACACAAAGAGGAGAAGAAACAAGAUCUUACGUUGCAAAUGAGGGCUCUAGCUGAACGCGCACAAAAUGUGGAACAACAUCAUGCAAGUAUGUUAUCCUCUUUGGCUGAGACAUUGCACCAACCUGAUCUCAUGCCGCAAAUGGAAGGCCAUGAUAGAAAGAGAAGGUUUCCUGGAAACAGUUACUUAUGUGAAGAAACCAGCAAUGAAGAUAGUCAGCGGUCAUCUUCACAAAAUUUGUCACUGGACAGUUUAGAUGCUGAUGCACUGUCGACUUUAAACAAGGAACUGUUGGAACAGAUGGAUUCAUAUAUGUCGUCCUGGGAGAAAAUAAUUCUUGAAGUUGGUGAAGACUUGGGAAAAUCUGAUUCAUCCAUGGAGUUGGUUGAAUCAACGAGCUGUGCGCUCAGCCCCAGCAUAUCUUACACCCAACUCAAUCUUGAUGUUGGAGGAAAAACACCGGAAAUUGACAUGAAUUCUACACCUAGAGCUGUUAGUGCUCCAGAGGUGCAACCUCCAACUGAAGAAAAGGCAAUAGUGACAGCAGCCAAUGUACGAACAGGGGUGAAUGAUGUAUUUUGGGAACAGUUUCUUACAGAAAAUCCUGGCUCAAACAAUUCAUCUGAAUUUCAGUCAGAGAAGAAUGCUGAUGGCAAGAAGAAUGAAAACAAACCAGGUGAUCAUGGGGUGCCCUGGUGGAACAUGAGGAGUGUAAAUAACCUUGCAGAACAGUUGGGCCAUCUUACUCCAGCGGAAAAAACUUGACCUACAGUAGGUUCCUCUUUUUGACGAUAUCUUAUGCUUAUGGAUGUUGAUUUAGAGAUGACGUUUGAUUACGCAGUAGGUAGACAUUUGAUAUAUAACCUCGCCUCCUGCACAUAUUAUCAUUGAACUUGUGCUGCAAUUUUCGGUUUGUACACAUUGUUAUUGUUGUAUAGUAGAGGAAUGCUUCUUAACUUUUUGAGUUUGUGUGUUGCAUGCAGAUAUACUGUUUUUGAGUUUUUAUGUCGAACUCUUUUUUUACUCCUGGUUUGAGCAUACACAUUGUAAUGAAUGUGCGCCAUGUUACUUGUCGUGGAGAUGUAAAGAUGCGUGGUCGUUAAUGUAUAUGAGGUGCACUUUUUGCAA